AUGGCUUACGUUUUGAAUUGGACCAAGAAAAAACUCCAAAAGAUUUUUUCGGAACUGAAACGAGUGCUUACUGUUCAAGGGUCAAACAUAACGGAAGAAGUCAAACAGUAUGAAGAAGAGCUAGAGAAAUAUGGUAUUUCUGGGUUGAGGAGAAAAGUUCAAGGAGAUCUUGAUCGUUGGCAGACUAUACCUGUACAUUUUGCAGUAAUUGGACGCAGUGGAGAAGGAAAAUCAGCCUUUAUCAAUGCUCUUAUAGAUGGAUCCGACAAAGAAAUUGCGGCAGUAGGAAUAAAGGAAACUACUACCGAAGUACAAGAGUACCAAUAUCCAAAACAUCCAAAUAUCGUCCUCCAUGAUCUACCAGGAGUAGGCACCAAAAGGUUUCCAAAGGCAAAGUACCUGAAAGAUGUUAAGAUCGAUCAAUACGACUGCUUUUUCCUCAUAACCAGUAACAGAUUUACGGAAGAUGAACAAUGGAUUGCGGACGAAAUUAAAAAACGAGGAAAGAAGUUUUAUUUUAUGCGCACCGCUAUAGAUAGCACUAUUGCUAGUGAACAGAAAAGGCGGAAGAAAUUUAAACAGUCUGAGCUUGUUGUGGCCGACUUGUGUGAAGAAGUUCGAAUAGCAUGUGCUGAAAAUUUGGAUAAGCAUUCCGACAUUUUCUUGAUUGAUAAUUUUGACGAUGAAGCGUUCGAUUUCCCGAAAUUAAGAGAGCGGUUGUUGGAAGAUUUGCCUAUAAUAAAAGCUCAAACAUUGGCCCUUUCUUUUUCAGCACUUACUGGUAAAGUGCUCGCUAAAAAGAGGGAUAUGCUUUUGUAUCAAAUACCGAAAAAAAGCACUUCAAAUAACUACGACAGAAAAUGA